AUGGCGCCUCGGCGCCUCCUGUUGGUCGGGGAGGGGAAUUUUUCCUUCGCUGCCGCUCUGAGUGAGACCCUGGAUCCAAGUACAACUAGGCUCGUGGCCACCUGCAUCCAGCUUCCCCACGACCUGGACCGGGAUCCCGUGGCCAGCGGGAAUCUACAGCGCCUGCGCCAGCGAGGUGCAGAGGUACGUUUUGGUGUGGACUGCACUCAGCUAGCAGAUGCUUUUGAACUGCACGAUAGGGAGUUCGAUAGAAUUUAUUUCAACUUCCCACACUGUGGACGCAAAGCUGGAGUGGCUAAGAACAGGGAACUACUUGCUAAGUUUUUCCAAAGCUGUGCAGAUGUUCUUGCAGAAGCAGGAGAAGUGCAUGUGGCACUGUGCAGAGGACAGGGGGGGACUCCUGCUGACAAGCCUCAGAGAGAAUGGCACAACAGCUGGCAAGUGGUUGCCAUGGCAGCUCUGGGAGGGCUCAUUUUAAGUGAUGUACAUCCCUUCAAUUGUGAGGCUAUGCCAGGGUACAAGUGCACUGGAUAUAGAAGCCAAGAUAAGACUUUUCAUACCAAUGGUUCUCUGAACCAUAUCUUCACCCGGAGCUUGCCCUUUGGAUGUUUUCAACCCAGAACCUUCAGAAUCAGACUAGGUGACCAGUGGUUUUCCUUUCCAGAACCAAAAGCACUUGUUGGGAAGUUGAACAGAGGUUUCCUGGAAGCAUCUUCAUGGCAUCCUGUCAAAACCAUAAAUGAGAAAAUCCUUGCAGAAUUGGACAAAUAUUACCCUCUAAAAAGGAUAAAAUGUUCCUUCCCUUUGCUGUCACAGAGAGAUACCAGCAUUCUCUCUUCCUGGAACUGUGACAUUUUGUCAACUGCCUUUUGGAUUGAUCUCCUUGAAGACAACUCAGACUCUGAGUCUGUCACUAAUGGGACAACACGAGAUGUGGAAGAGUGUGUGAUGUCAUUUUCAGAGCUUAGUCUUCCCAGUGGUCCUGAAAGAGAUAAUAGGGAAGAAGCUCAUGAAGGAAUCUGUCAACAGGCCAAGAUCUGCCUUCGACCUUCUCUCCUAGUUCAUGUUCCAGGCGUCAUCCAAGCACCAGACUUUCUCCCGGGCUCUCUGUAUGUCCUCAGUGGACCUGUCUUUAGGAAGUGCCUCAUUUUGCCUUUCACAAUGCCAGCAUUUCAUGAGACUUUAUUAAUCCUUGGAUUUAAUAAAAAUCUGAAGGAUGGCUGCCUUCGAUCACUAUUGGAUCACCUGAAACAUAUUCUAGAUAGCCUAUUGACCCAGCCAUUGCUGGAAGACUCCAAGUUAAGCAACUCAGUGGAUUUUGUCCUUCAACCGAAUGGAAAAGAUUAUAUGAUUAGUGUAAAAUCUCCUUGUCUUGGCCCUGGUGAUGUCAAGAGUCUGAUUAUUGGAUCUGUCACCACAUCUUCUGCAAACAUCGUGCUCAAAGAUCACAAAGAGUGUUUUGCAUUUGUUUCUGUGAACUUAGACCUACUAGCCAUGCUUGUCUGGGGCAUCUCUGACUGGAGAAUGUUGUGGACCGUAGAUGACCGUUUCCAGAAGAAUUUUGUCUCUGGAAAAAGAGAACCUUUCAAAAGCUAUGCUUUGUAUCCUCCAUGCUAUUCACAUGAUAUUAGCUUUUGGUUAGAUGAACAGGAAGGAUUUGAUGAAGUUGAUUUCCACACUGUAGCCCGAGAAGUUUCCCAGGACACUGUUAUAUCCAUACAGUUCCUCGGUCGUUUUCAGCAUCCUAGGACUGAGCAGAUCAGCAUGUGCUAUCGAUUGAUCUAUCAGGCCUGUGACAAGGCCCUAACUCAACAACGAGUAGUGUCAAUGCAGUCCCAGUUUAGGAAAGCAAUUGAGCAACAACUACACGUGACACCUCGGUAG